AUGAGUAGCUGUCAACAAGUUCAGAGUAUAUACAUAGCUGCUAUACACGGGGAUUCAUUGAGUCUACAGAAUACCAACUUAAACAGCAGAAAUACGAAUGGCAAUACCGCGUUGAUGCUGUCUGUUUACGACGGCAAUAUAUUUGCCCUAAAACGUUUAUUGGCGGCAGGAGCUGACCCUAACGUAUCAAGACAAAAAUCUAAACGUAUCACAGCAUUGACCAUAGCUGUGGGAAGGCGAAGGGUUGAAUGUGUUAAAGAACUGAUCAGGGCAGGAGCUUUCUUUGAUUGUGAUCGAGGGUUGGAGGCUUUAAAGAUGGCGAAGGAUCACAACUUUUUGGAUGCUGUUGUGGAAGGGGAUGAAAAUAUGAGAUCUUUGCCUGAAUUUGAAAAGACGGAUGAUGCUUUUCAUGCGGCUUAUUACGAAGAAUACAAAAACGGAGACUCUACUCUCCAUCAUUUGGCUCGAUUAGAUGAAGAAAUGUUAGCUGAGUUUAUAAUGCUGGUAAACUCAGUGCACCUGAAAACUCGAGUGGACAGCGAUCAACAGGAGACUGAUACACAUUUAGUCGAAAGUGAUAAAGUCAGUGAAGAAACAUCAGCUAAAGAAACAGUAGUAAAGAGUUAUGAGCUAAUUAACUUAAAAAACAAAGUCGGCGAAACUGUUUUACACGUGGCUUGCAGAAACGGCCACGAAAUAAUUUUACGGUUUUUGAUUCAGGAAAAUUGUGAUCUUGAUGCUACUAGCUGCUCUGGUGAAACGGCAUUAAUGUUAUCUAUACGAAGUAAGAAGGAAACCAUUGCAAAGACUUUAAUAAACUGCAAGGUACAGCUGAACACUCGGGAUGUAAAGGGUGAAACAGCAUUGCACAUUGCUGUGAAUAACAAUCUCGAAGACAUCACGCUCCACUUGAUAGAUAAUGGCGUUGAUGUUAAUGCCAAGAACAAGGAUGGUAACACGCCAAUAUUUUUUGCAACACGUCCAAAAAUUCUCAAACACUUGAUCGAAGGGAAAACGGAUUUAAAUAUACAGAACGAAAACGGAGAGACAGCUUUACAUAGAUGUAUAGCAAGAAACAGUGAAGAUGUUGCAAUCAAUCUAAUUGAAGCAGGCAUAGGGGUUGACAUUCAAACAAAUAAAGGCCUAACAGCUUUAAUGUACGCAUCGUAUCUGGUCCGUUUAACUAUGGUCAGACUUUUAGUAUCAAGAGGGGCUGAUGUCAACAUUCGUGAUCUUGACGGAAGGAAUGCUUUAAUGUUUUUAUGUACCAGCUCAAAGUCCAAAGAAAAAGUUCGCAUAUUCAUCCUGUCUACGGAACAAAAAAUAUGUGAUGUUCUUGUUUCUGCAGGGACGGACAUAAACACAACAGAUAACAAGGGAUUGACUGCAUGCAUGUAUGCUGUGCUACAAGACUAUUCUGAUUUAGCGUUAGUAAAACACAUGGCCUCAAAAGGUGCAGAUCUGAAUGUGUUGGACAACAUGAACAGAUCAGCUCUUACUAUUAUUGUAUUACGAAGGGGAUCAAACACAAUAAGAAAUAUAAACGAGUUGAUGUCCCUUAGAAUAAAUCCAUGUGUUCAUGAGACAUACCACGAUGAAGUUAAAGUACUGGGGUAUUCCACCCAAGAGGACAACAAUGUGUUACGUUUAUCAAAGUUUGCUUUAGUUUACAGCAAGUCUGUAUACAUAUUUUAUUUCUUCCUAGCCAACGGUAUUGUACUGGAACACAAAUGUUCAGGUAAGGAAUAUUGUGAUGAAUCCGAAAUUGAAUGUGCUAUAUCUCAUAACUAUUUAGAUUUAGUAAGAUAUUUAUUUGCCACUGGAUAUCUAUUUAGUGAUGACAUGCAAUUCUUACUCCAACGCCGCAAGAAAUUUGAUGCAGCGAAGGGAUACAGUCAUGCAUACCAUUACACAUCUGGUCGAAGUGCUGCACUACCCCCAGAGUUUGAUAGGGUCAUGUGUGAACCCUGGCCACUGGUUAAGCUGGCUUUCAUUAAAGUCUCUAGUUUUCUUGGAACUGGACUAAGGCGAGAGAUAAUGCUGAAACAAUUGAAACUCCCACCAAGAUUACAGCGAACGUUGAUGUUUCAAGAGCCAAUAUCAAGAUUACCUGUAGAAGACUGGUCUAAAAUACCUCUUUGUUUUGACCCAGUACAGUACGAGACUUUACCCUGUCCUAGACCUUUGCUCUACUACUGGCCUGUUGGGCAUAGGCUUGUUGAUUGA